CACGUGGGAACAAUAAUCUCACACGGAUUUUGAUUGGUCGUUCAACUGUGACAUUCCGCUGUGUAUUAGAUCCAAGUCUCGACUAAAGAAACCUCCAAGAAACUUGCUACUCACGAAUCAAGCAAGACAAAAUGGGCGAGGAUUUAGGUUGAAUUGAUUUUGGAUCAAAGAUGGGGGUUGUUGUAUCAAAGAAAGAUGGCCAAGACAAAACCAAGAAAGUUCAGCAAACCGCCGCGGUUGUCAAGGCCUUCAAAUCUACUCCGAACACCACUCGUAAGAACGACUCCAAACCAUCCGGAGGUUCUUAUGAUUGGAGCUAUCUUAAUUCUGGAUCGAGUAGAUUCACGUAUGAAGGGAGAAAUGCGGACAAGAGCUCGUUAUCGUAUGGGUUACCCGAGCUCAAAGGCACUGAGACCGACACCUCGGCGAGUAGCCGGAUAGCCGGCAAUACGGGGUAUUGGGACGGGUCCGAUACGAACGAGAUACCGUAUUUCGGUGCCUGGAAAAACAGGGUUGAGGAUGAAGAGUUAUGCUGUAUAUGCGGUGUAUACGCCGGUGGCCCGGUGCACCCCUGCCGAGUCUGCUGUAAAGUAUAUCAUGAGCGCUGCAUUCGCCGGACAGGCCGACUGAACGACGCAUGGGAACUUGAGCUGUUUAGAAAGGCAAACUCAGAGAUCGGAUGGAGUUGCCAUAAUUGUGAAAGUCUUACGGCGUUACUCACCGAAGAGGAGAUGCAAGAUCUCAUCGAGAACUUUGAUCGCCUGGACGUAAACCAAGAUACGCAGAUCACCAAGGAUGAGUACGUACGAUAUAAAAAAGCUCAAUACAAGGACAUCCACAAGUCCGACAUGCCACGCGCGCAGGUUGAGGAAGCUCAGAAUGAGUUCGUGCAGAUGGAUAAGAACAGGACGGGGGAUAUAGACUGGUGGGAAUUCUUGAACCACGAGGCACUCAAGACGCUCGGCAUAAAGAGAAGCAAGUUUCAGUUAGUUCGAAUGCUUUCUCCGCGCGAGAUUCAAAGUUUAAGAGACAUUUUCCAUGCGUUCGACAAAGACGAAGAUGGCUACAUCAACUCUUACGAGGUGUCGAGAGGAUUUGGAAGAUGGUUCGGAAAUCUUCGGAUAUCAUCGGGAAAUAACAAUGGCGGACAGAAAUCAUCGUUUGGCCGGGCGUUGGACCCAAAGACCGUUUCACAACACGUCGACAGACACACCGAGAUCUUCAUGCAUGCCGAUACAGAUAACAACAGGCUAGUAUCGUGGGACGAAUACCUACGCGAGCAAGCACUGUUCGCAUUGGCGGACAGGCCAAAUUACCGGACGUCUUGAUGCAAGCACAAAGUACGGAUAAGAAAGCUGCACACUUUCACACUUUGGCUAAUAGGAAAAAUUAAUGGACGUCUUUGAACCAGAACCUAAGCCAGCACUGUUCGCAUUGGCAAGCAGGCCAAAGGAGCGGAAGUCCAGAUUCGAAGAACACUGCACAUUCCAGCACUUUGAGCAUUGGCAGACAAAUUACCGUAGUCUUGAUACGAGAACCUAUUACGCAAGCAAGUACCGUACGAGCUCUUAUUGUAGGUGCACUGAGAUCGAUCAUUGACAACAGUUUUGUGAGUUCUUGCAAACCCUAACGAGGGGCGUACAGCAGGCGGCAAGUAAUGCUGACUUAAACAAACCAAUCGCCAGCGCAGGAAGUCUUACGAGUCUUGACUCAAUAGUAGUCACGUGAGUCAUCGGUUUUCUUUGCGCCUCUUGAAUGGCAAACAUAAUCGUGAACAACGUAUGUCACCAGGGUCGUAGCAGAGGGUAGGGCACUGGGAGCAUGGCCUCUCCUAAUAUUUUCAAAAAUUAUAAUGAAAUGACCAGUAAGGGCGUGGCUGUGCCCCACCCUCCCUCCCCCCCCCCCCCCCAAUACAAUGUUACGUAGCCUGCUUCGACUAUGACACUUCGAGGGGUCGAAAUAAGGACACGAUCAAGAAGGACAACAUGACAGUGAAGCAAGGAAAAUGAAAUACUUUCAACUGCCUCUUUUAAAAUUUGGAUCUUUAUUAAACAACCUUUAUAUAUACUUUUUCUAUUGUAUUAAAAUAUUGGAAUUAUCGUUAUUU